AUGUUUCCUUCAGUUGAUGGUCGCCUUGCUAUCCUCGCCGUCUUACCUGCUUCUUUUGUUGUCAUCACAGUCUUCAAGAGGUUUACUAGGAACAGACAGAACAAACUUCCCCCUGGCCCAGUGCCGCUCCCACUGCUAGGAAACAUCUUGUCUCUUGACGCCAAGGCACCAUGGUUGACUUAUACCGAAUGGGCUGCUGUUUAUGGAGACUUGCUUUUUGUGCAACUUCUAGGCCAGGAAAUCAUGGUGAUCAAUUCUCAACACGUUGCAGAAACCUUACUAGACAAGUGUUCUCGCAUUUACUGUGAUAGACCGGACCUAGCUACACUUAAGCCGUUUGGUUGGUCUAUCGUUUUUGCAUUCGUAGGCUAUGGCAACAGAUGGCGUCUUUGCCGACGACUCUUCCACCAAACUUUCUGUUCCGACUCUGCACUCAAAUUUCGUCCAAUGCAGAUCAAGCAAGCUCAAGAGAUGAUCCUCAACCUCAUCGACGAUCCUCAGAAUUACCAUUCUCACUUUGCAACAUUCUUGUCAUCAGUUGCAAUGUCAGCGACCUACAGCUACCAAACUAGUCCUCGUCAUGACCCUCUGGUUCGCAAUGUAGAAAAUGCAAUAGCUCUCGUUUUUCAGGUGAUGACCCCAGAGAGAGCAAUCUUGCUCAAAACCUUCCCUUUCUUACUGAAGUUACCUGACUGGUGCUGGGGAUCCUCAAUCAAACGUGAUGCUCGAACGUCAUCCAAUUGUAUGAGAGAAAUGACCGACAUGCUGUUCCAAUAUGCACAAGACCAUAUGGUUGAAAACUCGGUACUUGGUCGGGUUUCAAUGGUGGCAGAAAAUCUUCAACGAAUCGAGAAACAAGAUCAGUCAUCCCAGCCAUUGUUUGAGAGUGCCUUAAAGAAAGCAGCUACUACUGCUAUUAUUGUCUUGAUGGCUUUUGCUCUUGCCAUGGUGUCUUACCCAAAUGUUCAAAAAUGUGCACAAGCGGAGAUUGAUUCGGUGGUUGGCCAGGAUUGGUUACCUACCUUUGAAGACAGGGUGUCACUACCAUACGUUGAAUCAAUUCUGUGGGAGACUUUGCGAUGGCAGCCUGUCUUACCCCUUUACGAUAUCAUAGUGCCACAUGCCACCUCGAGUGAUGAUAUAUAUGAUGGUUACUUCAUUCCAAAAGGAGCGAUUGUCCUAUACAAUUUAUGGUCAAUUCAUUCUCUUCAGCGGUACUCCAACGCAUUUGUAUUUAUGCCAGAGAGGUUCAUGGAUGCCAAUGGUGCGCUGAUGGACGAUAACCCAGCUGAAUAUAUGUUUGGCUUUGGCCGACAUAGAUGUCCAGGCCGAUAUGCUGGUGAUGCCUCUGUAUGGUCCACUAUCAUUACUAUGUUGGCCACGGUGGAGUUUUCUUCUGCCAAAGAUGAUCAGGGCAAAGUGAUUGAAUUCACUCCCCAAUUCACGACAGGACUCACUCAGUACUUGUUUUUUCUUGUGUCAUUUCGUCCCAUCACUGUUACAAUCACUCUACUUCCUUACUCUACUUCCUUUGCUUCUCACGUAUCUGCCAUUAUGCCCUACAUUUUCCUUAGCGGCUUGACUUUCCUUUCUUGGUCUUACUUCCAUAUUCGACUCUUGUACUAUUAUCUCACCGUAGCCCUGGUCCGUGCGCAUAUAGUUUCCUAUUUAAGCACGUGUACUUUACUUAGAAACGUCACUUCAAUCUUACUAGGUUUUGUCCAGAACUUCCUUCGCUUAAGACCACCAAUCUUAAGUUGUCAGAACCGAUCUCUUAGUUAA